AGGAGCGGGGCUGUGUUGAGAGUAAUGUUACCAGCGCUGAGAGCGUGAGGAGGCUGCGUAUCGAUCCCGCUCUCAGCCAUUGCGGUGCAUUGGGCUACAGCGAGACCAGGCAGCACUGGGGGCCAGCGCGAGCAGCCGGGCAAGUGUCUCAGCGCCUGUGGCUCGCUGCUGAGUGACCGAGUGAGUGUGCGAGCGAGGGAGGCGAAAAUCAGCAAAAAUGGGCAAAGGUGAUCCUAAGAAGCCAAGAGGUAAAAUGUCUUCAUAUGCCUACUUUGUGCAAACUUGCCGGGAGGAGCACAAGAAGAAGCACCCAGAUGCUUCAGUGAACUUUUCAGAGUUCUCAAAAAAAUGUUCAGAACGGUGGAAGACUAUGUCUGUUAAGGAAAAAGGAAAGUUUGAAGAUCUGGCAAAGGCUGACAAGGUUCGUUAUGAAAGAGAAAUGAAAACUUAUAUACCACCCAAAGGGGAAACAAAAAAGAAGUUUAAGGAUCCUAAUGCACCGAAGAGGCCUCCUUCAGCUUUUUUCUUAUUCUGCGCUGAAUUUCGUCCGAAAAUCAAAGGAGAACAUCCUGGUCUGUCCAUUGGAGAUGUUGCAAAGAAACUGGGAGAGAUGUGGAAUAACACCGCUGCAGAUGAUAAACAGCCCUAUGAAAAGAAGGCUGCUAAACUGAAGGAGAAGUAUGAAAAGGAUAUUGCUGCAUACCGGGCUAAAGGAAAGCCUGAUGUAGGAAAAAAGGUAGUCGCCAAGGCUGAGAAGAGCAAGAAAAAGAAGGAGGAGGAAGAGGAUGAAGAUGAUGAGGAAGAUGACGAUGAGGAUGAAGAUGAUGAGGAAGAUGACGAGGAGGAUGAAGAUGAUGAUGAAUAAGUCUCUUCUAGAGCAAUUUCUUGUCUAUAAAGCAUUUAAACCCCCUGUACACAACUCACUCCUUUUAAAGAAAAAAAUUGAAAUGUAAGGCUGUGUAAGAUUUGUUUUUAAACUGUACAGUGUCUCUUUUUUUGUAUAGUUAACACACUACCGAACGUGUCUUUAGAUAGCCCUGUCCUUAGUGGUAUUUCAGUGGCCACUAAACUUGCCUGGUACAGUGUGGGGGUUGUAAAUUGGCAUGGAAGUUUUAAAGCAGGUUCUUGUUGGUGCACAGCACAAAUUAGUUCUAUAUGGGGAUGUAGUUCAUUUUUCAUCUUCAGUUGUCUCUGAUGCAUCAUAAAAAUAAUUGUUGUUCUGUUAACUGAAUACCACUCUGUAAUUGCAAAAAAAAAAGGAAAAAAAAAAAGUUGCAGCUGUUUUUGUUGACAUUCUGAAUGCUUCUGAGUAAAUACAAUUUUUUUUAUUAGUAUUGUUGUCCUUUUAAUAGGUGCCCUUGAAAAAUCAUAAUUUUUCUUUUUUGAGGGGAACUCAUCUUUGCUUUAUUGUAUGCCCAUUUGGGAUCACGUGAUUAUUACAGUUUUCAUCUUUUCAUAUAACCAGCUGAUAAACAAAGCUUUGAUCUGCAUACCCUUCAUAAUCAUGAUAGGGUAGGAAAAUAUAUAGGCAUAUGAUAAAACAGAAUUUUCUUCCAUAACUGGAAACAAAAAAUCUCAUCCAACUGAUAUUUGCUCGGAUUUUGUGAAAUGUAAUAUUGAGUUGCGUAAGUUUACCAGUCUUGGAGAGUUGAGAAGUAUAGAAUUCAAUUUUACAGUAUGGAAUACUUCAGAAAAAACCUCUAAAAUGCUGUCCUAGAAGGACCAGUAGGAAGGGUAUACUCUCAUCAUUGUGUGUGGGGAAUUUACAUGUGACUCCAUUACUAUGUAAUGGAAGUUGUAUUUGUAAAUCUCUGAACACUUGUAAGAGAUAAACAUGCCCCUAAAAUGUAUGAAGUUAAAAAUUAUAAAAGUACCAUAUUAAUUUUUUUUGUGACAACGUAGUGAUGGCUAUCGACUUUAUACCAUGAAACUCUCCUGGUAGUAAAUAGCCCACAAGAGAGGAUUUUCGUUCCAACAUUUUUAUAAAUGGUACCAUUAUUUGUUAAAUCUAUGUAAAUUCAUAUUUUUAAUUUUAAAUUCUAGUUUUAGCCCUUUAAACAAAGUUGUAUAUUGUCUCAAACUAAAAUGAGAUAAGAUGUAUUUUUCCUGUUAGGUUUUAUACCGCACUCUUCAUGUUUGCCCAUUUAUAAGUUAAAUAUAGUUGUAUGGAAAAGUACAUUUUAUUAAAUUUUUGCAUUUAAAAAGUGAAAUGUUUAACUAUGAUAUACCAACAAUGUCUAAUUUGAUCAAAUAUAGUUCUCUUCCAAAACCAAAGCAAAGUUUUUUUGCAUAUUCAGUAAAACUUCAAGUGCUGGCAACUGUAACUAUUUUCACAUAUACCUGCUUACCAGUUUGGGGGACAAUUUGGCAAUUUUGUGGUUAUAAAAUUAUGGUUCUCAAGUGCCAGUGUUUAAAAAUAGCAUUGUAAUUUUACACGCUUUUGUGAUGGAGUAUUGUUUUGUUAUACAAUUUUGACUUUCAGAUUCUUAUUUCAAUUUGCAUUUGUUUAUGUAUAACUUCAGGAGAAAUACUGAACACCUGAAUCCUGGAUGAUACUAAUAAACUAAUAAUUGCAGAGGUUUUAAAUAUUUA